ACGGAGCUCCGGCGGCGGUCCCGGGCACCUCCCCCAUAUAAUGCUGCCGCUCCGCUCGGCCGUGGCCUCUCAGCUUCUCGCGGCCGACGGGAGACGGCGCUCACCUUUGGCGGCAGCGUGGCCAUGACUCGGCGCCUGAGCCCCGCCAGCUAGUGCCGGGAAGCCGCUGAGCUGCCUCGCCUCGGACAGACUGAGCUGGCUUUGACUCCGCGGCUUUAUCCUCCAGCCACCUUCCUUCCAGCCGCUGCUCUUCCCCGCUCGGCCUGCAUAACCUCUGCUCGGGGGUAGACGACACUUUCCCGACCGUGUGUGCAUAAAGCCCGACGACUUUCCUGCCCCUCUCUUCCCCGCAACCGCACCUUCCCCGCCUCCUCCUCUGGCGCCGGGCGGACCCGCAGCCCUUCUCCGCCGUCGUCCCUGCCAGCAUCCCGCCGAGGAUGCGGCUGUCGCUGCUGAGCCCGUUGCUCCUUCUCUCCUUCGGCUGCAGCUCAGGGGCCGCGGAGCUCUCGGCCUCCCGAGCCAAGUGCCCGACCCGCUGCGAUGUCUCCAAGUGCCCCAGCCCCAGCUGUCCCAGCGGAUACGUCCCCGACCGCUGCAACUGCUGCCUCAUCUGCGCCGCGGGUGAGGGGGACUCCUGCGGCCGCAAGGAAGACCCACCCUGCGGGGACAGCCUCGACUGCCGCUACCCCAUGGGCAAGCGCUUCGCUAAGGGGGUCUGUCAGUGCAAGCUCAGCGCCCCGGUAUGCGGCAGCGACGGGCGAACCUACGAUAACAUCUGCCAGCUGAAGGCGGUGAGCCGCAAGGCGCUGCAGCACGGCCUGCCCGGUAUCGCCCAGGUCCAGAAGGGAGCCUGCGAAUCGGGUCACCUGCAGUCCAGCAGCCCAAGAUACAAAUUCAACUUCAUAGCAGAUGUGGUGGAAAAGAUUGCACCUGCAGUUGUGCACAUUGAACUUUUCCUCAGGCAUCCUCUCUUUGGUCGAAACAUUCCACUUUCCAGUGGAUCUGGGUUUAUUAUGUCUGAUUCUGGUUUAAUUGUGACCAAUGCCCACGUGGUAUCAAGCACUAAUGCUAUAUCUGGGAGACAGCAAUUGAAAGUUCAGCUACAGAAUGGAGAUACCUAUGAAGCAACUAUCAGAGACAUUGACAAGAAAUCUGACAUUGCAACAAUAAAGAUUCACCCUAAGAAAAAACUACCAGUAUUGUUACUGGGACACUCAGCUGAUCUGAGGCCAGGAGAAUUUGUGGUGGCAAUUGGAAGCCCGUUUGCCUUACAGAAUACUGUGACAACAGGUAUUGUCAGCACUGCUCAGCGAGAUGGCAAAGAACUGGGCCUGAGGGACUCAGAUAUGGAUUAUGUUCAGACAGAUGCUAUUAUCAAUUAUGGCAACUCUGGAGGACCUCUAGUUAACCUGGAUGGUGAAGUUAUUGGGAUUAACACCUUGAAGGUCACAGCUGGAAUUUCUUUCGCUAUUCCUUCAGACCGCAUCACUCAGUUUCUUACAGAGUCUCAUGACAAACAGAGUAAAGAUGGAAAGAAACGUUUCAUUGGCAUCAGAAUGCUGACAAUAACACCUGCCUUGGUGGAAGAACUUAAACACACUAAUGCUGACUUUCCUGAUGUCAGAAGUGGAAUUUAUGUACAUGAAGUUGUGCCAAACUCACCUUCUCACAGAGGAGGGAUCCAAGAUGGAGAUAUCAUUGUUAAAGUCAAUGGACGUCCUUUGAUGACUUCCAGUGACCUGCAAGAGGCUGUGAUGAAUGAAUCUCCUCUACUACUUGAAGUUCGAAGAGGAAAUGAUGACUUGUUAUUUAACAUUGAGCCUGAAGUUGUCAUGUAAAUAGAACUGAGAAAGCUCUCAUCAUAAUUACACUCACUUAUUCUGGAACACUAGAUACCUCCUUUACAGCUACAGUAAUUAUACUUCCUGUUGACUAAUGACAAGGUGGACUAACUUAAUUGCCUGAGCCAUUUAUGUACAUAGUAGAUAGAAUGAAUUCAAUUAUGCCAUUUAUUAAAGAUUUAACUUUCAAAGAAAUUUAAGUACGGUGUUCUGGGGAGGGGGAGGAGAAAACCAAGUUUUGGGAUCCACUUCCAGUUCCUGCGGGUUCAGAGCAGAUUCAGUUCUGCAUUUUGAGAUACCAAAAUGCUACUGGAAGUGAGGUAGCAUGCUGAAUAGGGAAAUUAUUCUGAAACUACAGUCACAGCUGCAGCAGAACUAAAGAAUUGCAAUGCACAAUUGAGCUUUUUUUUAUGUAACUUUUUCAAUGUGAAACUAGUAUUGGCAAAGCUUGUAUUGGUUCUUAGUGCUCCUAUGCUACACAUCACUACAGGUAGAUUAAAUCUGUAAAUAUGGAAAGGAAUAAAAUGGUAUCAGGCUAUAGAGUGUUACACCUAGGUCAUGCAAUUUUGGAAUACAGUAAAUGAUUCUUAUAGAAUUAAUGCCUUAUUAUAUGUAAAUCAAAACGAUGUGCUGAACAAAGUUACGUUUGAGAAAGUGCACAGUUUUUUAAGAAUUUGAUACAAAUUAGUUUGGCAUUUUACUAGUAAGCUUUGCUGUAAAAUUGUUUACUACUACUUUUGGCUUGUACUUCCUAUGUUUCUACUGUAAGGAGAUUAAA